UCUCUCUCAAAAAUCAGGAAAUAACUUGAGAUUUAAGCUUAAGAUGGCAACCGAGAAAGGGAAGAAGACGGUGUUAAAGUUCGACUCAGAAGAAGAUGUAUCAAAUGCCCUCGCGAAAUACACUGCUGAUUUGUCCGAUAAAUUCAUCAAAGAAAAAGGUUCUUUCACUGUUGUUCUCUCUGGAGGUUCUCUUAUCGACACCAUGAGGAAAUUGGUGGAACCACCGUAUAAAGACUCAGUUGAUUGGUCAAAAUGGUGGAUUUUUUGGGUGGACGAGAGGGUUGUUCCUUUGGAUCACGAUGACAGCAAUUAUAAACUUGCUUGGGAUGGUUUUCUUUCUAAGGUUCCGAUCCCCUCUUCUAACACUAAUGCGAUCAAUGACAAGGAGUCACCUGAGGGUGCAGCUAUUGAUUAUGAGGCCCGUCUGAAACAAUUGGUCUGUUGA